CAGACAUUAGUAUCAUCCUCUGCCCGCCAUUAGCAAGGGAAAUCACAGCCAAAAUGGUAAAGGGGCGCCAAGGAGAACGUGUUAGAUUAUAUGUGAGGGGAACUGUCCUCGGUUAUAAGAGGGCAAAAUCAAAUCAAUACCCAAACACUUCUUUGAUUCAAAUCGAAGGUGUGAACACAAAGGAGGAGGUCGCAUGGUACUGCGGCAAGAGAAUGGCCUACAUUUACAAGGCUAAGGUGAAGAAGAACGGAUCUCAUUACCAAUGGAUUUGGGGAAAAGUCUCCAGGACAAACGGUAACAGCGGAAUCAUCCAGGAUAAGUUUAAAUCGAACUUGCCCCCCAAGUCCAAGGGUUCUAGGGUUAGGGUUUUCAUGUACCCGAGCAAAUAUAUAAGUGCUUUGGUAUAUGAAGACACCAUGUUGAAAAUUACUACCGAAGCAUAGAGGGUUUGGUUUUUACCAACCAUCUGGACCUAGGUUUUGAAGUUUUAGUAUUCAAGAGAUAAAAUAGCUAGUUUUGUUUUUCCAGGAUCAUAAAUCGAACAUUUAUGACUGUUU